UUAUCGUUAAAGAGCCACUUCAUUCCAGCACUCGAUCCGCCGUUAGUUCAGCAAAAACACCCAGCUUUUCUGUAAAUUGUUAUUAACGUUUACAUAUUAGUAUCUAGUCAAUUCGAGUAGUAAACUGAAAUCAUGAGUGCAGACAACGGUUGUUUAACUCCACUGGUUCUGGAGAAAUCUUCGGUGAUUUUACUGGACGUAGCCGGUACAACGACUUCUACCAAGUUUAUAAAGGAUGAGCUGUUUGACUAUGUGCUAAAGAAUGCUGAAGAAUUCUUGAAAGCCCAGUGGGAAAAUGCAACUGUACAAGAAGCAGUGAAGUUAAUCAAGGAUGAACAGUUGGAAUUGACCAGUGCACUCGAAGCUAUCAAAGAAGGAACUGACAAGAGAAGCAACAAUCAAGGCAUUAAAACCCUCCAGAAACUCAUCUACGAGAAGGGAUAUGCUGAUGGUCACAUUACUACCCAUGUUUUUGAAGAAGUCGCUUCCUCCUUCGAGAACUGGUCUAAGACCCACAAAAUUGCUUUGUACUCCACUGGUACAACUGACGCACAAAAAUUACUGUUCUCCAAAACCACCACUGGAGAUCUUACCAGCCACAUCACAAAAUACUACGAUCAGAGCGUGGUCGGCGAAAAGACCAAGAAGGAAAGUUACGAAAACAUUGCCAAGGAUCUCGAAGUCGCUUGCGAUGAGAUCGUUUUCGUAUCCGAUUUACCAGAAGAGGUAAAAGCCGCCCGAGACGCCGGUUUGAUCGCCGCGGUGAUUGUCCGUGAAGGAAACGAUCCAAUUCCAGACGACGUGAAGAAAGAACUUACUGUUGUAUCUAGCUUCAAAGACAUAACUUUCGAAAAUCCCGCCAAAAGAAAGAUUGAAGAAGAACCAGCUACGUCAGAGGCUCCUCCUUCGAAAGUAGCGAAGACUGAUGCGACUGUUGAAACAAAUGAGACUGAAGAAAAGCCGACAGUUGGAGAAGCCACUGAAAAAGCUGAAGAACCAGUAGAAACUAUGGAAGUUGACUCUACCGCACAAGAAGAACCUAAACCAGUAAUUGAAGACAAAAAGACUGAUGAUAUUGAGAAAGAAGAAAAAGAGACUGAAUCAACUAAAAAUGAAGAUAAAGCUGAAGCUGUUACUAGCAUGGAUACUGAUGAAGUUCCAAACGGUACAGAGGAACUCAAAGAAACAGAUGACAAAAAAGAUGAGUCGGAGAAGGUAGAUUCAGAGAAGGCUGAUGCAACCCCCGAAAAAGAGACUGCUGAGAAUGAAAAAGUUGAUGAAAAAGCUGAAGAGAAAAUUGAAGAAACCAAAGAAAAAGAUGAGGUAGAAUCUAAGGAGGAAAAAACUGAGACUGAUAGUAACGAGGAAAAAGAAUCUAAACCAGAGGAAGCUGUUGAAGCGAAGGAAGCAGAAGACAAGGUUCAACCAGCUGAAGAAGCUGCAGAAGAUAAAAUGGAGACUGACUCCAAGGAAUCAGAAACCAAAUCUGAUGACAAAGUAGAAGUAGCUGAAGAAGCUAAAGAGGAAGCGACUGAAGAGACUAAAGAAAAGGUGGAAGAAGCUAAACCAACAGAGGAAGCGGCAGAAGAAGCAAAGGAAGAGACUGUGGAAGAAAAGAGUGAAGCAAAAGAUGAAGUUGCACAGGAAACUGUCGAAUCAGAGAAGGACGACUCAAAUGAGCAACCAGAAAGUGUAGAAGAUUCGUCAAAAUCUGCCGAAUCAAAAGACGAAGAAGUGGCAGAUUCUAAGGAAGAGAAAUCGGUGGAUGCCAAGGAAAUAUCCGAACCAGUAGCUAACGGAAAGAACGCUGAAGUGGAUGAGAAGGAAAACAAAAGUGAAUUAGCAAAUGGCGUUGAUAAAAACGGAAAAGUUGAGAACGGUGCUGAAGGACCACAAAACGGUAAUGAAAAAACUGACGAAAAGAACGGUGCUGAGGAAUCGAAAGUCGAUGAUAGUGAAAUUAAGGUUAAAAAAAUAGAAGACUCUACUGAAACGAGCACGCCGCCAGUCUCUGUUGAAGUUUAAUCAUGAACAAUAUUUAUAUAUACGUGUAACAUGUAGUGUUCAUUUUCUUAUUUAUUUACACCCAAUAUCUUUCGCUUUCUGGGUUAUUUUUAGGGUUUUUAUUUAAUUUUCGUAUGAUAAAUAGGUCUACUUAUUUUAUUUGUAAGACUUAUCAUUAAUACUCAUUUUUUAUUUCGAAACUAAAUGUGAUUGAAUGUUCCUGUUUUUUAUGUUAUUUUUUGAACUAAUUUUCUUCCAAAGUAAGUGCCAAUAAGGUUUAUUUGGUUAAAAGACUUAAAUCUGAAGACUGUUUUACAUCUCUUUUAUGAUAUUGACCAUUGAUAUUUUUUGAAUACUCUUUUAAAUUUAUCAGUAUUAAUUCAUCACGUUUGUAAAAUUUUAAGAAUCGUAGUUUGUACUUAUAUAUAGUGAGCUUUCGUUUAUAACAUUCCUUUUUCCAGUGUUUUGUUUUUAGUUUGUUGCGUUCAUACUUGUUUUAUUUUUAUUUAAAUUCCACGUUUCAGCUCAGAAAAUUGUGAUAUUUCGAAUUUAUUAAAUUGGGAUGCUACAACACUUAUUAUUAUCAGUUGGAAUAUUUUUCUGUGUUCAUUUUUAAUAUUUUUACCCACUAAAAGGUGUACAGGCCCUGUGUAUGGCUGCUGUCUCAUUGUAUACGUUGAUUAGCACAUAAUAAAUUUUGUAGUGUUCUACUCAA